GUAAUGAGCAGUCGCAGGUUGGGAUGAGGCAGAAGCAUAGUCGAGAACAAGCCAAGGUCGGUAAUGAGCAGUCGCAGGUUGGGAUGAGGCAGAAGCGUAGUCGAGAACAAGCCAAGGUCGGUAAUGAGCAGUCGCAGGUUGGGAUCAGGCAGAAGCGUAGUCGAGAACAAGCCAAGGUCGGUAAUGAGCAGUCGCAGGUUGGGAUCAAGCAGAAGCGUAGUCGAGAACAAGCCAAGGUCGGUAAUGAGCAGUCGCAGGUUGGGAUCAAGCAGAAGCGUAGUCGAGAACAAGCCAAGGUCGGUAAUGAGCAGUCACAGGUUGGGAUCAGGCAGAAGCGUAGUCGAGAACAAGCCAAGGACGGUAAUGAGCAGCCGCAGGUUGGGAUCAGGCAGAAGCGUAGUCGAGAACACGCCAAGGGUCAAUAACGAGUGAUAGCAAAAUACGGAUAACAGCAGAGAUGAUAAAGAGCACGAUACUGGCUGGAGAGCACAAAAAUCUGGCAAACAGGAAGUGCAGAGACAUGGCUUAUAUCAGGAAGUUCAUGGGAGGAGCAAGGGGUUCAAGGUUCAUAAUAAACAAGGUCAAGGCAGGAUCAUCCAAAUAACUGUCAAGGGAGCUGUCCAGCAUUCCAGGUGGCUCAGCAAGA